AUGACCAUGUGCCAACCCACCCCCUCGGCCAUCCCACCAACAGGACUAGUUGCUCCACACACGCCCCAUCACGCAUCCAUCGUGCCCACCUCUGAGCUGGGGGGUGGGGUGCUGUUCCCCAUUGUGCAUCAUCAGGGUCAUGGUGUUCGAUAUUGCUCUGGCAGGCCGUGCUCCGCCACGGGCGACUUUUACCGCCUCUUGGCUUUGCACGAUUGGUCAGACGAGUCGGCCCCCAUAGGAAAAGGCGGACUUGGCGAUUGCAGCCUGGGCGGUGGCCUGCAGACGACUGGCUCAGGCACAGCGAGCACUCGGCUGCGGGAGCUGUACCCUUGUUGGGCCAACCCUCAACGCCGAGGGCGCGAGGACUUCACAGGCAAGCACGACGAGGAUGCUCCCAGCAGAGACGAUGCUCGCCUGUACGUCUUGUCCGAGUCCGCCAUCGUGCUAGUUCACGUCGCACGGAAUGCCGCGUCGGACGGCAGAGUGACUCUUGCCGGAGCUGCCUGGUGGCAUCAGAAGUGGCCAUCACCUGCACCUACACCUGCACCCGCACCUGCGCCUGCACGAAACGCAGCCGCACAGCCAGCACGUAUCUUUUGGCCCCGUUCCGCCUUCGACGCCGCAUCCGCCGGUGCCCCUGCACGGGCCUUUUUGCGGCGGCCCAGGCAGGACGCCUGGCGCAGGGACUACUGCAAGCCCCAGACCGCCGUUGUUUCUCUCUGA